ACAAUGGCACCUGGACCCAGCUGUGGCUUGUCUCUGACUAUCACGAGCAUGGUUCCCUGUUUGAUUAUCUGAACCGCUACACAGUGACCAUUGAGGGGAUGAUUAAGCUGGCCCUGUCUGCAGCCAGUGGGUUGGCACAUCUGCACAUGGAGAUUGUGGGCACUCAAGGGAAGCCCGGAAUUGCUCAUCGAGACUUAAAGUCAAAGAACAUCCUGGUGAAGAAGAAUGGCAUGUGUGCCAUUGCAGACCUGGGCCUGGCUGUCCGUCAUGAUGCGGUUACUGACACCAUUGACAUUGCUCCAAAUCAGAGGGUGGGAACCAAACGAUACAUGGCUCCUGAAGUACUUGAUGAAACCAUCAACAUGAAGCACUUUGACUCCUUCAAGUGUGCUGAUAUCUAUGCUCUUGGACUUGUAUACUGGGAGAUUGCUCGAAGAUGCAAUUCUGGAGGAGUCCAUGAAGAAUAUCAACUGCCAUACUAUGACUUGGUGCCCUCCGACCCUUCCAUUGAGGAAAUGAGAAAGGUCGUCUGUGACCAGAAGUUACGGCCCAAUGUCCCCAACUGGUGGCAGAGUUAUGAGGCUUUGCGGGUGAUGGGGAAGAUGAUGCGGGAGUGCUGGUAUGCCAAUGGUGCAGCCCGCCUGACAGCACUGCGCAUCAAGAAGACUCUGUCCCAGCUGAGUGUGCAAGAAGACGUGAAGAUCUAAGCUGCUCCUCUGCCUGCACAACGAACCUGGGCAGUGAGGGUGACUGCAGCCACCGUGCAAGCGUACUGGAGGCCUACCUCUUGUUUCUGCCCAGCCCUCUGGCCAGAGCCCUGGCCUGCAAGAGGGACAGAGCCUGGGAGACUCGCACACUCCCAUAUUGGGUUUGAGACACAGACACUUUUUAUAUUUACCUCCUGAUGGCAUGGAGACUCUGAGAGCAAAUUAUGUAGAGAACUCGAUGCCACAAGUCAAACUGCUUGCAGUGGGAAGUACACAAAACCCAGUGCUUCUGGCUUGUAGCCAGGAAUGUGAAGGGGUGCUGGGCUCUCCCCGGAGCAGCCCCUAUACCUUGUGGUCUGCUGGACUGCAGGUUUUCCUCCAGGGACCAGUCAACCUGGCACCAAGGUAUUCAGAGGAACCGGAAGUGUAGCCCCUCUCACAGGCAGUCCUGAGCCACACCACCCCCUUCCUCAUGGACAUCUGGAGGGACUGCCAAUAGAGAUACCACCUGCUGCCUGUCUGUCCAGCCAAGUGUGCAUGUGCCGAGGUGUGUCCCACAUUGUGCCUGGUCUGUGCCACGCCCUUACACGUGUGUGUUUGUGUGUCUGUAGGUGCACACUUAUCUGCUUGAGCUUUCUGUGCAUGUGCAGGCCAGGGUGUGGUGGCCAUACUGUCUCUGAGUGCUGGCACCUGUCACAGUGAGCGGCAUCUCGUUAACCUGGUGCCCUCCUGAAGGUCCCUCCUGUCCCUAGCUCCUGUCAGGGUGGCCCUCUUCUCAGCAGGCUGAUUGCCCGCCCUGUGUCACAGGCCCUCUUCUUCCUUUCAGACCAGAACCAAAGCUGGCCCACUUGUCCAUGGUAGGAGAGGCUUUUGGGUCACAAUAGGGGGUGGGGGAAGAGCAGAGGAAGGAAGAAUGUUGAGCAAGUCUUGGGUGUUGUGUUUCAGCAUCAGCCAUGGGAAUGAGCCAGCCCAAGGGCAUCUUCCUCAACCGCAGUGAGGAGGGGCCAAGGGAUCUGAAGCCAGAUCUUGGAACUCAGAUUGGAAUGUGACAUCUGUUUGUCCCACCCCAGAUUCUGCAAACUGCAGUGUAUAUUUUUGGUGGUGGUGGUGGUGG